AUGACCCCCAAGGCACCCCGUAAGGCACCUUCGGACCAAAUGCGCCAUCGGUCUGCGUCUCCUCCCACUCUCGCUUCUGUCGCAAACUUCGCGUCGAACGCCACUCCCGUUACUGGAGAUCACACUGUCGCUGCCCCACCGCCAUCGUCUGCUGACACCAUUCGCCCUGCCUCAACACCUGCAUCGACCGCAGCGUUCAGAAUCAUCACAACCUCGUUUUUACGCACUCCUCCCACCGAUACGACGACGUCUGACGACCCAUCAACCUCAAACAUCACUGAAAUCCCCACGUUCAGCGAUGUGCACUCGGUUCAUGCCUGUCCUCAUUGCAAUCGCACCUCCACUUCAUACAUCGGCCUGGUCGAACGCUCGCGAAAUCAUUGCACAGAGGCUGGCGAACCUGUGUCUGGAGCACCAACCUACACUCGCCGCAUCCGCCUCAAUUGCCCUCACUGCACCCGCACAUUCAUCCACCGUGUGGGCUUAUGA